AUGCUCAGCCUGGCAUCUCGGUCACAUGUGUCAUACGCAGAAGUCGCUUCCAAGGGACCGAAGCAGUCCCCAGAGGAGGCCGCAGCCCCUCCCCCGCCGCAGAUCGCGCACACAACCCCGCUCUCCUCGACGACGGCCUCGCUCGUCGACGUCGACACGCCCUCGGUGCACACGGUGCCCUCGGACUUCGAGUCGCAGGAGAUCCAGACCGACACGCAGGCGGCGCGCGUCGAGCGCGAGGAGCAGGCCAUCGAGGAGGCCGAGGCCGAGGCGGAGCGCGUGCGCGCCCGCGCCGAGGCCGACCUCGCCAGGAAGAAGAAGGCCGCGCGCUACAAGGUCGACAAGGCCGAGUCCUGGCUGGCGAAGCAGUUCCAUGAGAUGUCGGAGGGCCCUGGCGGCGUGCCGCUUGCCGUGGCGAAUAUCCUGGCUGUGGUGGGUCUGAGUGGUUGGCUUGGGUUCCGCGCGUGGGGGUUGUAUGACCGUGGUCGGCUCGGCUGGAGGGAGGCCGGGAUUGGGCUUGGUGUGUUGGGCGUGGUUGGGGUGGUGGAGGGGGCGUUUGUGAAUUUCUGGUCUAAGGCCAAGAACAAGGAGCAAUAG